GGAUGCUUGGUAGCUCUACGGGCCAUUUGAUAUAAGUCGAUUGCGGGCUCCAGUGCAUGAAGGUGUAUUGCGAAGAUUCCAAUAAGCGGUGACAAUGUGGACCCGAGUCACGUUACUCUUGUUGGGAGUGAUUUUUCACAGAGUGAAUCCACAACUUAUGUGUUAUGAGUGUUUUGAUUGUGACAUAAAUCCUGCCAUUUUGGUGCAGUGUAGUGAAGAUGUUCUGACGAGUGCACAACCUACUUUACCGGAUACAUCUGAACUGACCACUCCGGAACUUACGGCUAAUCCAUCAAUACCGACCAGUCCGGAUGCAACAUGUCCAACGUGUGGACCUGCAACAGAUGAAACGUUCACACCAACAUUACCAACUACUCCUGAUUUAACUACUGCUUCUACAUCACCGACAACACAAGAACCGACAUGUCCAACAUGUGGAACAAGUCCUGUAUUUACUCCUACUUUACCGACGGGUCCAGAUCUAACUACGAUUUCUACGAUGCCAACGAGUCAAGAACCAACAUGCCCAACUUGUGGUUCAUCGGAAACCACGCCAGUGUUCACACCAACUCUGCCUACAAGUCCAGAGCUUACAACUGAAUCUACUAUGCCAACAAGUGCUGAGCCUUCAUGUCCUACAUGUGGGCCAGCAACUGAUACUACACCAGUGUUCACUCCAACUUUGCCAACGAGUCCAGAGCUUACGACAUCAACUGAUACUACUGUAACGGUGACCAUGCCUACAACUCAAUCUCCUACGCCACCAGCUACAGAAACAACUCCUCCUCUGACGCCACCAAUUACAGAUACGACGCAGCCACCAACAUUUACUGAGCCAACCACUUUAACUCCAACAAUAACUGUAACCGAUACAACCGCUUCCCCUACAGUCACCAUGCCAACAACCCCACCUUUAACGCCACCUAUUACGGAAACUACUCAACCACCAACGUUAACUGAGCCCACAACUUUAGCUCCAACAAUAACUGUAACCGAUACAACAGCUUCUCCAACAGUCACCAUGCCUACAAAUCCACCAUUAACACCACCAAUUACGGAUACUACCCAACCACCAACUUUCACUGAACCAACAACUUUAGCCCCAACAAUGACAGCAACCGAUACAACAGCAUCGCCAACAGUCAUCGUACCAACUACUCCUCCUUUGACGCCUCCAAUUACGGACACUACUCAACCACCAACGGAUACAACGCCUACCAUACCUACCAGCGCUGCACCGACAUGUGCAACAUGUGGCCCAGAAACAGAUACCACCCCAGUAUUCACUCCGACUUUGCCUACAACACCAGAACUUACAACUGUUUCAACUAUGUCUACCAAUUCGGAGCCAACGUGCCCUACCUGUCAACCAUCGGAAACAACGCCUGUAUUCACCCCAACAUUACCCACGAGCCCCGAACUGACUACCGAAUCGACAUUACCAACCAAUCCUGAGCCAACUUGCCCUUCAUGUGGAACAUCAGAAACGACCCCAGUGUUUACUCCAACUUUACCCACAAGUCCUGAGUUGACCACCAUGUCUACCAUACCUACUAACCCGGAACCAACAUGUCCCACUUGUGCUCCAGCAGAAACAGGUCCCAUAACAAACCCAGGUGGGCCUACAACACCUCAACUUACUACAAUCUGGCCAACUGUAACCGAAGCUGCUGGAACAACCUCUUCGCAGCUAACAACGAUAUGGCCAACAGAUCCGUCAACCAUAAUCAGUACAGUUGAUCCCACUACGCCGCAGCUCACCACAAUUUGGCCUACGGAUACCAGUUCAGCUGGAACAACGACUUCUCAACUAACAACAAUUUGGCCUACGGACCCUAGUACCAAUACAAAUCCUGCAAGUCCAACUACACCACAGCUCACUACAAUUUGGCCUUCUGAUACCAGUACAGCUGGGACAACGACUUCUCAACUCACGACAGUUUGGCCUACGGAUCCUACCACCAUUACAGAUCCGGGAAGUUCAAGUACACCUCAGCUUACAACAGUUUGGCCUACAGAUACCAGUUCAGCUGGGACAACAACUUCUCAGCUUACAACAAUUUGGCCUACGGACCCUACUACCAUCACAAAUCCAGCUAGUCAAACUACGCCCCAACUCACUACAGUUUGGCCUACAGAUACCAGUACAGUUGGAACAACAACUUCUCAGCUUACAACAAUUUGGCCAACGGAGCUGACAACACCACCUGCUACGAAUACAGUUGAUACAACUACUCCACAAUUCACAACUAUCUGGCCAGCGGCACAAACAACCUCGUUUACAACAAUCUGGCCAGCCUGGCCAGAUCUUACCACUGCCGGGACGACGACGUCACAGCUUACCACCAUAUGGCCAACAUCGACGCAAUACCCAGCGAUAACUACUCCUCCACUCACCCAAGGUCCAGGGGGCAUUACUACGCCUUCAUUGACGCAGGCACCAGGGGGCAUCACGACGCCUUCAUUGACGCAGGCUCCAGGGGGCAUCACGACGCCUUCAUUGACACAGGCACCAGGGGGCAUUACGACGCCUUCAUUGACGCAGGCACCAGGGGGCAUUACGACGCCUUCAUUAACACAGGCACCAGGGGGCAUCACGACGCCUUCAUUGACGCAGGCACCAGGGGGCAUCACGACCCCUUCAUUGACACAGGCACCAGGGGGCAUUACGACGCCUUCAUUAACACAGGGUCCCGGGGGCAUUACGACGCCUUCAUUGACGCAGGCACCAGGGGGCAUCACGACGCCUUCAUUAACACAGGGUCCCGGGGGCAUCACGACGCCUUCCCUCACUCAAACUGCACCAGUAGUUACCCAACCCUCGGGAAUUUUAACGACCCCGCCACUUACUCAAACUGCUCCUGCGGUCACUCAACCGUCGGGAAUUCUUACGACGCCAUCGCUUACUCAAACUGCUCCAGCCAUCACACAACCUUCCGGAAUCCUUACGACACCUUCGCUUACUCAAACUGCACCCGCGAUCACUCAACCUUCCGGAAUCCUCACAACUCCUUCGCUUACUCAAACUGCACCCGCGGUUACGCAACCUUCCGGAAUCCUUACAACGCCAUCACUUACCCAAACAGCUCCUGCCAUCACGCAACCUUCCGGAAUCCUUACGACGCCAUCGCUUACUCAAACUGCACCCGCGAUCACCCAACCUUCCGGAAUCCUCACGACACCUUCCUUUACUCAAAAUGCUCCUGCGGUCACUCAACCCGCAGGAAUCCUUACAACGGCUCCGCUAACGCUAGCCGCGCCUGCAGGAAUCCUCACAACUGCUUCACUUACUCAAGCUGCACAAGCAAUCACAGCUGCACCAACGGAACCUUCACUUUGGGCUCCGGUAUUAACUCCAGCUGUGCCUGCCAAAAGGCAUCUUCCGCUCCCAGUGAACAUCUGCUACACCACGGAGCAGCUUGUUAACAACCGAGUGGUGAUCAACCGAGGCUGUACAAAACGAGAUCACUCGAUUGAAACGACCUGCGCCAACCUUACCAACAACCAAUCAUACACCAGGUGUGCCAUGUGUGCCUGGAGUCUCUGUAAUCAAUAGUCUGUCUCGACAAUUAGAAUUUAAGAUCACUGAUAUUAGCAUGUUAACUAGGUAUAGUUCUAUCAAUAAAUUGUAUCUACCAUUUUUGUAUCCAUA